UUUAGACUGUCCAACAUGUGUGAUGAUGAUGAGACUACAGCUCUGGUGUGUGAUAACGGCUCUGGCCUGGUGAAAGCCGGCUUUGCUGGAGAUGAUGCACCGAGGGCGGUUUUCCCGUCUAUUGUCGGUCGCCCACGCCAUCAGGGCGUCAUGGUUGGUAUGGGACAAAAAGAUUCCUAUGUGGGUGAUGAAGCUCAGAGUAAGAGAGGCAUUCUGACCCUUAAGUACCCUAUUGAGCAUGGCAUUAUCACUAACUGGGAUGAUAUGGAAAAGAUCUGGCACCACACAUUUUACAACGAGCUGCGUGUGGCACCUGAGGAGCACCCGACCCUGCUAACUGAGGCUCCUCUCAACCCCAAGGCCAAUCGAGAGAAGAUGACACAGAUCAUGUUUGAGACCUUUAAUGUGCCUGCCAUGUAUGUGGCUAUCCAAGCCGUGCUCUCUCUUUAUGCUUCUGGCCGCACAACAGGUAUCGUGCUUGACUCGGGUGAUGGUGUGACUCACAAUGUGCCCAUUUAUGAGGGUUACGCUCUUCCUCAUGCUAUCAUGAGACUAGACCUGGCUGGUCGGGACCUCACAGACUAUCUCAUGAAAAUCCUCACUGAGCGUGGCUACUCCUUUGUAACGACAGCUGAGCGUGAGAUUGUGCGAGACAUUAAAGAGAAAUUAUGCUAUGUGGCAUUGGACUUUGAGAAUGAAAUGGCUACAGCUGCCUCCUCCUCAUCUUUGGAAAAAAGUUAUGAGCUGCCUGAUGGACAGGUGAUCACAAUCGGAAAUGAACGAUUCCGCUGCCCUGAGACUCUCUUCCAGCCUUCUUUUAUAGGCAUGGAGUCUGCUGGAAUUCAUGAAACCACGUAUAACAGCAUUAUGAAAUGUGAUAUUGACAUCCGUAAGGAUCUGUAUGCCAACAAUGUACUCUCUGGUGGCACCACUAUGUAUCCUGGUAUUGCUGACCGCAUGCAGAAGGAAAUCACAUCCCUCGCACCUAGCACAAUGAAAAUUAAGAUCAUUGCUCCUCCUGAGCGCAAGUACUCUGUUUGGAUUGGAGGCUCCAUCCUGGCCUCCCUCUCCACCUUCCAGCAGAUGUGGAUCAGUAAAGAAGAGUAUGAUGAGGCUGGACCCUCCAUUGUCCACCGAAAGUGCUUUUAAGCAUGACCAUCUUGGCUGCUACACACAGUCACUCUCACAAUAUUUGUAAAAUAUA